AGUGCAUGAUCGCUUUAACUGUGACUUGGUGUAGAAUUUGCUUAGGUAUAAUCACGAUAUUAAUUAUAACGCUAGUCCUUCUUGGGUUAUUUUGUAUGCAGUUAUUCGUAAUGGCGACUCGUAAGAAAGGGAACUCUCGGACCAAAAUCAGCGAAUUGCAGGUGCAAAUUGCCAAUAAUAACAAUGACCCUCUUGAUCAGCUGAUUGAAUUUUCGAUGUGCAAGUUUCAACGCGACGACCUCCGGUUAACAAUUAGCCGAUGUCGGGCUCUGGAUGCAUCUAAAGAACUUCGUGAUUUUGUGUUCCUCCUAACAGAGCUAAACAUGCGCGAUAUGUACGAACAAUCCGACUGGGGUUGGAACGCGAGUCAAAAGAAGAAAGAACUGUCAGACAAAACAUCCCAAUAUCUCAUUGUCAAAGAUGAUUUAAACAACGACGCGGUAGUAGGCUUUGUUCAUUUUCGUUUUGACAUAGAUUUCGAUCGGGCUGUGCUGUACUGCUACGAAAUCCAGCUCGUUAAGGCAGUUCAGAGGAGAGGCAUAGGAGCACAUCUAAUGGAUAUUCUUUAUAAACUCGCCGAAAGGUUUAAAAUGAAGAAAGUAAUUCUUACUGUCUUUAAACAUAAUCUUCAGGCCUUGAAUUUCUACACAAAAAAAUUAAAUUUUCGGCGGGAUACGACGGACCCAAAGGAGAACCAUAUAGAUUACACAAUACUUUCGAAAAAAGUUGAAAAGGAUUGAUCUCAAAACAAUUUUUAUAUGUUUAUAUGAAAGAACUUUUAACAAAUUGUGUAUAAAUAUGGAAAAUAAUGCA